AUGAGUAACGGCGUGGAAAUGCGGCGCAAAGGCGCCAACAACCUUGACACUUCGGAGAGCGUUACGGGCAACUACAUCUCUCGGGAGGACUUUUCGCUUGACGAACCUGUCCCGAAGACACCAACCGCGAGCAAUCAUGGAUUUUUUGAGCUUCCAAGACAGGAUCAACGGAAUUUCUUGUUGCUUGUGCUUUUAUACUUUCUUCAGGGAAUUCCCAUGGGUCUUGCCAUGGGAUCGGUUCCCUUCUUGUUGAAGAAUCACAUGUCAUAUGGGGAGAUUGGUAUUUUUAGCUUGGCUUCAUAUCCCUACUCUCUGAAGCUAUUUUGGAGUCCGUUUGUGGACGCGGUUUGGAGCCCCAAGAUUGGUCGGCGCAAGACUUGGAUUGUGCCCAUUCAGUUCCUUUCCGGCUUCAGCAUGCUUUGGCUCGGGUCGCAUGUCGAGAAGAUGAUGGAAACAAUGGGCAAGCCAGCUGGUCCUACCGUCUGGGGGUUCAUGAUGUGGUGGUUCUUUUUGGUAUUGAUGUGUGCGACGCAAGACAUUGCGGUGGAUGGUUGGGCUCUGACACUGCUCACGCCAGCAAAUGUGUCUUAUGCAUCUACUGCUCAGACUGUCGGCCUGACUGCCGGACACUUCAUGUCGUACACUGUUUUCUUGGCCUUGAACGCCAGCGAUUUUGCCAACAAAUGGUUCCGAUCUGUUCCUUCGGAAGAGGGACUGGUUACUUUGGGAGGAUACUUGACUUUCUGGGGCUGGUCCUACAUUAUUGUUACGAUUGGACUCGGUUUCUUGAAGCGGGAGGAAAAGUCACAGAACGAAGAUGGCGUAUGGGACGUUUACCGGAUCAUGUGGGGUAUCUUGAAGUUGAAGAAUGUCCAGACAAUCAUCAUUGUGCAUCUCAUUGCCAAGAUUGGCUUUCAGGCCAAUGACGGAGUCACAAAUCUGAAGCUGUUGGACAAGGGUUUCGGCAAGGACAACAUGGCUCUUACUGUGCUCAUCGACUUUCCCUUUGAGAUUGGCUUGGGGUACUAUGCGGGCAUGUGGUCGCAAAAGUAUACGCCUAUGCGUCUGUGGUGUUGGGGAUUCAUUGGUCGAUUGGGUGCGGCUAUGUUUGCACAAAUCACGGUGGCCAUAUUUCCUAGCAAUGGCGUUACGCUGUGGUAUAUGCUUGUGGUGAUUUCGGAGCAUCUCUUGUCGACGUUUACCAACACUGUCAUGUUUGUUGCCGUUUCUGCCUUCCAUGCUAAGGUCUCGGACCCUGUUAUUGGCGGCACAUAUAUGACGUUACUCGCAACUGUUUCCAAUCUGGGCGGUACAUUCCCUCGAUACUUUGUGUUAAAGCUGGUCGACUCGUUUACGGUAGCUACUUGCCGCCCUACGCUCAAUGCCGACACAUCCAAGUUGAAGGGACCUAUCAUCACGGAGGCAUUCUCCUGCGCAGUUCAAGCAGAGAAGGAGAGAUGUGAGAAAGGUGGCGGCACAUGCGACAUGAGUCGAGAUGGAUACUACAUGGUCAACAUGUUAUGUGUUGCGUUUGGAAUUGCCACGUUCUUGUGGUACAUUAAGCCCAAGGUGCUCCAUUUGCAGAGCUUGCCUCUACGAGCAUGGAGACUUGGCCCAUCGAGCGACAAGCGAUAG